GUGUUGUGUGUGGUAUAGAUGCGGAUAAUAAUUCCUGACGUCCGCCAGAAGCACUGAACUGAAAUUUCACUGUACUUAAAGAAGGAAGGUGCGUUCUUAUCUCCUGGAUUUACUUAUAUUGAUUCGCUCAAAAUGACGUCAAAUAAGCCAAAUGUUUCUGAAGUGAAAGACUUCGAUCAAAGUAAACUUAAAAGAGUGAGAACGGAGGAAAAAAACACGCUUCCAAACGACGAAACUCUCAAACAAGAACUUGUUCCUGACGUGUAUCCUGAUAGAUCUGAGGUGAAAUCUUUCGAUUCAAAGAAUCUAAAACAUGUUGAAACGGUGGAAAAGAAUCCUGUUCCUUCAAAAGAUGUUAUUGAUGAAGAGAAGAAGAACAAGCCGUUUGAAGGAGUAAAAAUUUAUGACAAACAAAGAUUGCAACAUGUUAAGACGGACGUUAAAAAUGUUCUGCCAUCUAGUCAAGAUGUCUACCAGGAGAUGAAAGACAGCGCAGGGGAUUUGCCUGAUCGCUCAGAAAUUGCCUCAUUUGACCAAGGCCAACUCAAAAAGGUGGAAAUGACAGAAAAAAAUGUCUUACCAGAUAAAUCAACUAUUCAGGAGGAGAAGAUUGAUUCCCGGGCAGAGGUAAAGGAAUUCAGUAAAGAUAAACUAAAUCAUGUUGAGACAGUGGAGAAGAAUCCAUUACCAAGUGCUGGAGAUCUUGUAGCCUCCCGUAUGCCGAAAAAUAAACCAGAUAGAUCUGAAGUUACCAAAUUUGACAAAGAAAGUCUAAAACAUGUUAGCACCAGUGAAAAAAGUGUCUUACCCGAUCAAAAAGCAAUUCAAGAUGAACUUGUUGAGUCAAGAGCAGAAGUCAAAAGUUUUGAUAAAAGUCAUUUGAAACAUGUUGAUACAAUUGAGAAAAAUUCCUUACCAGAUGCUGGAACUUUAGCCGAAGCUCUUCGACCCGACCAACUGCCUGACAGGUCAGCUGUGACUGACUUUCAAAAGAAAGAUUUAAAACACGUGCAAACGACCGAGAAAAAUGUCAUACCCAAUAAAAAAGUUAUACAAGAGGAAUUUGUCAACUCCAGAGCGGAGGUGAAAUCUUUUGAUAAAUCUAAACUACAGCAUGUUGAAACAAAUGAGAAGAAUCCUUUACCCAAUGCUAAAGCAAUUGCUGCUGAAAAGUCUACAUCCUAGGUUUAUUGUAUUUUCCUGUACUGUUAGAUGUUAAGUAUUUGGAUCCUGUUGAUAUUAUUUCACUGAACUGCUGAGUCUGGAUAGUGUAAGCUGAGUGUCACAUGUCACGACAAGUCUAGUUCAAGGUCUAAAGACACUAUAUUUAAAGUAAAAUAGACGAAUUCUCUUAAUGUGCUCAAUUUUAUAAUUGAAGACUAUGAUUACGUGUAUUAUGUAUUGUUUGAAAAUGAGAUAAAUACAACACAAAUACUGCAUAA